GAAAGAACUAAGUCCAAAGUAUAUCUCCAGCAGAUCAGUGUUCUACAGUUCUGGGCAGUCUACUUCUCCACUCAGUUUACUGCAUUGUGUGCUAUAGUGGAGUUACUGGAUGACACAGAUCACACAGAUCUUGAAAAUAGGCAUUUGCAGUGCGUUGCUUUUAUUUGUCUUCACAACUUGCUGACACGAUACUUGAAGCCACAGGUAUUGAAAACAGGCCACAGUCUGGUAGAACAACCAUGGAAUAGAUUCAUGCUGACCACACUGCUAGAAACCUUUGAAGCAAGAAAGACUCCAACCUGUGUGUUAGCAAUUGUUAACUUGCUGGUCAGCCGUGUUGGUGGAGUGUUAGUCAAAGCAAAACAGCUUGAAAACAUAGUGACAGUAUUUUUGAAAGGAGACUUGAAGCAGGACAGUUGGUGGAACGAUGUUGUUAUAUUUCUUCACUAUGUGUGUCAUAAUCAUAUAUUAGAUUCCAACCUGGAGAAGAAAGUUAUCAACAAGCUUGAAGAGAAUCACCCAUAUACUGACCAAUGUAGACAAAGUGAUGAUACCAAGAAAAUAUCAAAGAUGUAUUCAAUGUUUGACAGAUCUAUAAAUGCCUAAAUGAUUUCUUAUUUUGUCUGAUCUGGAGGAGGGACUGGGGCCAGUCACUUUUUAAGGGGAUAUAUGAUUUUAUGUUCAUACCAAGAAAAACUAUAAAUACCAAGGUGGAAAACUGGGCAUGAUGUUAUAAUAUGUUGUUAUAUUCAUUUUGAUUAAGUCUAUCAUAUCAAUAAUUCCAAUGUUUUACUAAAGAUAUAGAUAAUAUGUGAUCUGAAAUGGAUUUAUAUGUAAUCAACUAAAAAUAACUUGCUGUGAUAGGGAAGAAUUACACAUAGACUAGUUGUUAACACAAUUAUUGUACCUUAUAGAUAUGAGUGAAUUUGAAAAAGAAAACAGUAAAUGUUAUUAUGUCAAAGAAAACUUAC